UUUCUAUGUUUUCAAUGCAAAGUGCGACGAAUAUUUUGAAAGCAAGCAAGAAAAAUGUUCAAGCAAAGCGCCUGUAUGUCAAUCACAACAACACACACCGUCAAAAAAGAAAAAGAAAAAUCGACAACAACAGCAGCAUCAAAAUAAGUAAUAAAUAAUACUAUAAAGAGCCUACACGGAAGAAUCAAAUGAAGCGAUCACACACAAAAUAUAUAAACACGAGAUAGAAUAAGACGGAAUUAAAUAAUAGAAAAAAAAAGAAGUAAAAUAGAAGUACGAACAGAAACGAAACGAAACGAAAUAAAAAAGAAAAAUUAACAAAACAAAUAAGUGUAAAGAUUUUGCGUGUAAAUUUUGUGUUCACACAACAACAAGCUACAAGUUUAUUAUUACAUUUUCUGCGAUUUAGUUUUUCGUUGGUUUUAUAUUUUUCGUUAAUUGGACACGCAAAAGAGGUGAGCGAGAGAGAGAGAGAGAGAGAGAGAGAGAGAGAAGUGAAAGAAGACACAAUAAUAAUAACAAUAACAAAAACGCGUUUGUAUUUCACUCGAAUCGCAAGAAGGAAGAAGAAAAAAAAACCAAAACAAAAAUAAUCAGAAUCGUGGCGAUUUUGGAAGACUAGUGAGAAAACCAAUCGCAAUCGAAUGUGAAACUAUUGUUGACUGAAUCGAUCGAAAAAUAUCGAAAAUUGUGUUUUUAUUCAAUUUUUCCUGUUGUUCUUCUUUUCACUCGUUGGCAUCAAUAACAAAAGAAAAUAAUAUUAAGUUGGAAAGAAAAAGAAACGAAAAUUCGAAAACGAGAAAAGUGAAUUGUGUUAUUUUUGGGGCCGCACCACAAAAAAAAGACCUGGUGCUUGAAAUUGGGAAAUUAUUUGCAACAAAUGUGGUGUGACAACAAACAUGAGUUCCGAUAUUACUGUAGCUCAUAUCCAUGGAUUGCUUGAAAAUUUCUCGAAAAACGUCUAUCGAGCCAAAGACUCGGAUCAAGGAACAUUGAACAAUGAUGUGAUGGAAAAAUGCUUGAGUUUGUUCCAGUUGGACUAUAAUACGGUUGAAAUAUCGAAUCGUGCGGGUGAAUUGUCUUCCCAUUAUCCGAGCCUGAUUGUGAUACCUGAAAAUGAGAAACAAAAACCGAAUGGCCUUAGUUCAACAAUACAAUCAUGUUCGACCACCACCAGCAAUGGCUCAUUAACGCCACCACUGUCAUCAGCCGCAUCAUCAGUGUUUGGCAUAAGCAAUAUCAGUGUUGCAUCGUCAAAUGCAUCGUCACAGCGUACGCAACAGCAAACCAUUUAUGAAAAUUCAUAUGAACCGAAUAAACUCCGUGACCUGAUCAAUAAAGCGCGUUUUGCACGCAGCCGAACACGUUUCCCCGUGCCGGUCAUUUUGUACAAGGGUAAAUUUGUAUGUCGUUCAUCGACACUCAGCUGUGGACCCGAACUCUACACACGAAGCAGUUUCAACUAUUUGUUCAAUACUGGGCCUGGUGCCGCCAAACAAUCCGGUUCAGACGAUGUCGAUUUAUGCGGUGAAGAUAGCGACGAUGCCAUUGAGGUGAAUGAAAGUUUUACGGACGAACAAGAAGAUGGCAAUAAAUCGAAUUCCGAUUGGCCUCUAUUCGAUCAUGUGCGAAGUCAAGAUAUUCGUCUGUUGAAAACAUUAAACGUUGGCACUAUCGUUGAUUUCAUGGUUGAAAAGAAAAAAGUGAAAUUUGGUUUGAAAGUAACAUCGUCCGAAAAGGUGGAUAAAGAGAAUCGAUACUCCGAAUUCACAUUGAUAUCGCUGCCUUAUCCGGGAUGUGAAUUUUUCCGCGAAUUCAGAGACAAUAACUACUCGCAUGAGUCGUUGGUGUUUGACUGGAGUCAAACACAUGUAAAUGCAGACAUUGGAAUUCCAACCGAUUCCAUAACAACGCAAUUGCUGCACAUUAACUGGGAUCACUACAAAGUGUGGGAUCUGGUGACAAUAACACAAAAUUAUCUAAAACUUUGUUUAAAGUAUUUACAAGAUAAUAGUUCGGGUCUUCUGAUUCACUGCAUCAGUGGAUGGGAUCGAACGCCGUUGUUUGUUUCGUUAUUACGUUUAUCACUUUGGGCUGACGGUGUGAUACAUCAAUCGUUGAACGCAACGCAAAUAUUAUUUUUGACACUCGCCUACGACUGGUUCUUAUUCGGCCAUGAUUUGCCCGAUCGUUUGACCAAAGGCGAAGACAUUUUCGUAUUUUGUUUUUAUGCGUUAAAAUAUAUUCAGGAGGAAGAUUUUAGUGUUAUAAGCCACAGUAGCGUUUCACAUUUCAGACAUAGAAGUAAGCAUAGUAGCGGAAGUAGCAGCAUUGCUGUCAUUCCUCAGGACAAUGAAUCAAAUAUGGAAAAUCUACAGUUCGAUAUAGAUAGUCGUGGCUCAAGCAUAUCACUUAGUUCCGGUGGCAGUCAACAAGAUAUCUACCAACAAAAACUGUCCAGCAAUGACAUGCACGAAAACACAAACGGAAAUAUAGCAAAUUUAUCGAUCAACCAAGAUAGCAACAGUAGUAUAGAAAUCUUACCAGAGCCACCAGUAGCGAAUAGUAAUUCGCCGAUUUCAAAGCGAAGGACAAGUCCUGUAACCGUGCCGUAUUCGUCGAUGCGUCAACGAAAUGAAUCGACAUCAUCCGUUGGUAGCUGGCAGAUGGUGAAUCAAUCGGGUAGCCUGCGUAGUACUGACUCCAAUAAUUUAUUGCUAAAUCUGCGAUCACAAAAUUCCAAUUCACAAGAAUCGAACACAACACUGGUCGAUGAUGACAUUUUUACGUACAAUCAGAAUGCGGUAUUUAUUCGUCGACGUGAUCGGUUGCAGUCCGUUCGAAGCACGUUCUAUUCUGCUUAUUGCAAGGCCAUCGGUUUUAAAUACAAAAACGGUGCUGAGCUAUCGUCACUGGGAAGUAUGCUGGGAAAUAUUGCCGAACGUGUUGGAUUCUCUCAACGAACUCAAAUUGGUGACAAGGAAGAAGCAGAAUGAUAUAAAAAAAACUGCUUUCAAGUGUAGCGACAUGUUGACAUUAUUUGUUUUGAUUUCUCCCUUAUUUCCGAUAUGAGAUAGACAAUUGUGAACCAUUGAGUAGAGCUCUUUGUUUUUCUACUACAAACAUAUGUGAGCAAACAUGGGAGCACACCGCUUAUAUUCGAACACAUGGUUGGACGUUUCGAUUGCACGUGCCGUUUGUCACACACACCCAUACACAUUAUAUACACCACACACUUCAUAAUUUGUAUAUAAGAAAUGAAAUCGCAAUUUAUUUUAGUUGUAAUUUAGCGAAAAUUUUUGUAUAAUAUUUUAUUAUUGGAAAUUGUUUUGUUAAGUUCGACAAAUGAAAUAUUAAAGAAAAAGGAACACAUUUAUUGAGAUGAAAAUUAAUGCAAA